AUGUCCCGACCUCUGAGGAAGGAUUACCGCACGGCGGACUUCGAGCAGCUGAGCAAUAUGAUCAAGGAUCAUCCGCUGAUGAGGGCUCCCGGAGCGGAGCAGCAGCAGAUGCAGAAGCUGCGAACCCCGGAGUAUCGUACAAAAUGUGUGAUGAGGGCUUCUCUGGACGAUAUUGCCCUGGGCAUCAACCUUUACAAGCUGCAGCUGGACAAGCCCUUGUCACCCACUUUGGAGGAACCGGAUUACCUGAAGGAGCCUGCUUCCUCCGCCCGUUCCGCACCCUCCGCUCGUCCCCCAGCCACGCCCUUCAUCAAGGUGCUCCUCCGAAAGACGCCCAUUAUGGUGCUCUUCGAGAGACGCAGCAUGACCGCUCUGGCGGACACGGAGGAGGGUCGUCUGGUGAUGGAGGACAACAGGAAGUACGAGGAACUUCUCUCGGGAACGGACAAGACCAGGAGAACCGUGGAUGCGGACACCCAAACCAUGACGGCACUAAUGAAAUCAAGACUGGUGAAUACGGAACGGCUGACCACUGCCCAGAUGGGUUCCUAUGUCUCCAACUUCGAGAUGUACGACACCUAUACGGAUCUGGAGAAGUCCACCACGAGUGUGCAGGUGCAGGGCGAGAAGAAGAUGGAGAUAACCACCUACCACGUGGGCGGAGUGGAUCAGUUUGUGGGGAUCAACAGUCUCCCGGGGUUUCGACUGGCCCUCAUGCUGACCAUGCGCAUCCUGGCCAGCAAUGUCUUCGAGCCCCAGCAGCGGAGGUACAGGAAUAUGGCUCUGCCAGAUCCUCUGGCCGAGGAUGUGAAGUUCAAGUACCGACUGGGACUGCUGUGGAGAUUGAGUCCGCCCUCUUCCAAUCGCAAGGUUCACCAGGCAGUCAGCGACGUGAGCUUCUGUCCCAGCAAUGGAGACAUAAUGGCCGUGGCCUACGGGGUCUAUAGCCAUGGCAAGGUCAGCAAGUUGCCCAGAUGCGGAUGGGUUUAUGUGUGGAACAUCAAGAACCCGGUGAACCCGGAGAGGCGUUACAACUACCAGGUGCCCGUGGUCACCGUAGAGUUUUCACCCACCCAACCUCAACUUUUGGCCAUAGGACUCCAUAACGGAGGUGUUGAGGUGAGGGACAUCUCCAGUCAGGACCUGCCUCCAUUGGCCAUUUCGCAGCGCUCAUCCUCGCCACAUUUCGAGCCAGUCACGGCUAUCAAAUGGAUUUACUUCGAGGGAGAUGUGGGAUCCAGGAAUCCCCAUAUCACACCCUUUUUGGCCACCUCCCAGGCGGGAGCUGUUACGAAAUACCGUCUAAUUAACAGCCCCAACAUGCUGGGGUUGGAGCAGCAGCGCUUGCAGCGGGCGGAGGGCGAGCUGGAGGGGAUUCCCAUCGAGCGGCAGCCUCCUGCGGCUUCCCUGCUGGCCAACAGGCAUCCGCAGUGUCUGGAGAUAGUCCUCGACCCCGUGCAGGCGGAUAUAUACUACGUUCUCACGGACGAGGGAACCCUGUACAAGUGCUCCACGAACUAUCCGCUGCAGUAUCUGGAGCUGAGGCAGGUGCACGAUGGACCGGCUGCCUGCAUGGAGUUCUCGCCCUGGUCUCCAAGGAUGUACCUCACCUGCGGCAGUGAUUGGUGCAUUCGCAUUUGGUUGGCGGGCAUCCUGCUGCCCAUUGUUACUCUGCAACAUCACCUUUCUCCGGUCCACUGCGCCCGCUGGAGCCGCACCCAUUCCACCAUCCUGGUAUCCCUGAGUCGCAGCACUGUGGACAUCUGGGAUCUGCGCAACAGCACCAUGAAGCCCGUGUCCUCCACCGUAAUCGACGCGGAUAUCUUUUACACCACCUUCAAGUUCACCCACUGCGGGCGUUCGCUGGCCGUGGGAAAUGAGGCCGGCAACCUGCUGAUGCUGUCCUUCGAGGACAUGCCCUUCCCGCCGCACUUUCAGUACAAGCAGCUCAAGAGAGCCAUCUUCAAGGCCCUGUCCAUGCAGCCCGAUCUCCGCAAGCAAGUGAAGAGCGUGGGGUACUUUGGCUAUCCCGGGGGAAGGAAACAAACUAGAGCUUGA